AUGUUAGGGAGCAUCGAUUGCAUGCAUUGGCAGUGGAGGAACUGCCCAGUGGCUCAUGCUGGCCAAUUCACAAGGGGAGACAUCAAACACCCUACCAUCAUCUUAGAAGCCGUUGCGUCGUAUGAUCGUUGGAUCUGGCAUGCCUUUUUUGGAGUGGCCGGGUCCAACAACGACCUUGCCGACGGCAUCUACCCCUCCUGGCCGGUGUUCAUGAAAGGUGUUACUCUUCCACAAAAUGAAAAGCAGCGAGUGUUCACUGCUGCUCAAUCAGCGCAUCGCAAAGAUGUCGAGUGUGCCUUUGGAGUGUUGAAGUCUAGGUUCAACAUUCUAGCAGUUCCGGGACGCUCCUACUCCAGGCGUACUCUUGGAUUGAUCAUGCGUGCAUGUGUCAUUCUGCACAACAUGAUCAUUGACGAUGAGCGUGGACAAAAUUUGGACAACAUCUAUGAGACAGUUGAUUCAAAUGUCGGCCCUGCAAUACACCACCAUGCACCACCAAGCCUAGCAGCCAGGAUUCAGAUGGACACCGAAAUGAGGGACUCACCGAUGUAUACACAGCUCCAGCAUGAUUUGAUGGAGCAUGUGUGGGCUAAUUCCUAG